AGUACAUAUUUUUGUCAUUGCCCUCCAUGACUUCCUCUCCAUCCCUGAGUUGAAACUUGAAUUCCACCGUUAUUACUACUUUGCUACUCUUACAGUUCUCUCCUCUCAUCCUGCUACUUACUUACUCCCACAAUCAAUUCAAUUUCAUGGCAAUUACGCAACUCCUACGCAAUCUUCACUACUCUCACCCAUCAUCUUUCUCUCUCCUCUUUAAACGUCUCUUCUUCACCUCCAAUUUCCCCCAAAUUCUUUCACAACCCACCAAAUUCACCUCUAUAAUUUCACCAUUUUCAAUCCCAAACCUAAUCACAAGACCAUUUACUUCCUCUGAACCAAAACCCACUUCCCCAAAACCUAAUACAAAGGUCAAUUUCACCCCACCAAACUCCGACCCAGAAUCCGAACCCGAAUCCGAACCUACCCAGAACGAAACCAUCAACCUUCCACCUCCUUAUGACCCGUUUAGCAAAACACCCAUGUUGGAAGAACCUCAAGAUUCGAAGAAUUUGCAGGAAGUUUUCCAUAAAAUGAGAACAGAGGGUUUGAUGAACAAUGCAGUUAAGAUGUUCGACGAAAUGUCUAAAGAUGGUUUAACCCAUGAAGCGUUGGAGAUGUUUAGGGAGAUCAAAGAUAAAGGUAAAAUGCCUGAUGUAGUUGCUCACACUGCUGUUAUUGAAGCGUAUGCGAAUGCCGGGGAAUGUAAAGAAGCUCAUAAGGUGUAUUUGAGGAUGUUGUUAUCUGGGGUUCUUCCCAAUGCUUAUACUUAUAGUGUGUUGAUCAAGUCACUUGCUGCUGGUGGGAUGCUUGGGGAUGUUAAGAGCUAUGUUUUGGAGAUGUUGGGGAAGGGAAUGAGGCCCAAUGCCGGUACUUGUGUGGCGGUUUUCGAGGCGUUUAUGAGGGAAAGGAAGGAAGAGGAGGGGAGGGAGUUUUUUAAAGAUAUGAAAGAGAGAGGGUUUGUUGGGGAUGAGAAGGGUGUUAGGGAGGUUCUUAAGGGGAAAAGAGGGCCUCUUUUUAGGUAUGUAAUGGAUAUUUUUCUAGCUAAAUGAUUUGAUUUGGAUAUGAAAGCUCUUUUUUU